UUUUACAAAGACCUAGUCGGAGUUUUUCUUUAGACUAAGUUCUUUUUACUCUUUAGACCUGGUAUAAGGUGUUUUUCUUUCAGACUUAACAGUGUUCAACUUAUGUGAAAAUUUGAUAGAGAUAUGUUCCAACGUAUCUCACUCGAAUAUCAAAGAAGAUUUUCUUCACAUAGUUCAAACAUGCGUCACGUCUUCAUUGGAUCUUUUACACGAUAUCAUACGGCGGACCUCAACUGAUGAUGAUCAACAAUCAACAGCAGACUCUUCUACCGAAACUGUUUGGCAUGAUAUAGACACUGCACAAUCACAAACCAUUGAACCAAAUGCGCCGUACGAUCCGUAUUUAUUUCGAGAUGAAGAUGAACUGGAUGCUGGUCACCGCCAGAAUCUUGGUUUUUCAAAAACGACAGAGAAUCAAAAUGCACACCAUAUCUGUACACAGACCGCGUUUGAUCAACUGAUUCAAUGGUUAUGGACCACUUUAGUUGACGGCAAUAUUGUCAAAGUUUCAUAUGCCUAUGAGAAAUUACGAGAAUUAGGAGAUACAGUCACCCACUACCGGACGUUUGUUGAGCGAAUGAAAACCUUUGAUGGUUACCGCAUUAUUUGCUCAAGUAAACGUUCCGGAAGUUAUAUCGUAUUGAACGACUUUUCAGUUUAUUUGCACUUGAUGCUGCAAAAUUUGUUGGAUGAUAGUGGAGUGAUUAAUAUCGUCACAUUUCCGGCAAUGAUGCUGGCGUCUCAACGUCAGCAGAUGCCCAAUAAUAUAGAAAAUGAAAACUUGAUUACAACAUCACGAAUAAUUCGCCGUGAGAUUGAACUCACAAAUAGCAACACAGAAAUCGGCAGCAAAAUAACAGUUCUAAGUUCAAUGAAUUUUGAUGAUUACGUGAAAUAUAUUCCUGUCGUCUUAAUGAACAUUAUUAAACUAUGUACAAUGAACAAAAAUGAUUUUAACCAGUUUCUUACCCAAAAUAUCACAACAAACUUGGCUCUUGAUGCUAUUGAGUGCGACCAAAAUAAACAAUUGAAACAACUAUCAAUUUGUUUCGAUAUGAUUACUUGUAAAGAACGAACAAAUUUCAAUCCAAAACAGUUGUUACUAGGGUAUCCGUUUAUGAUGAAAUAUUUUUUGCCGACUGUCGAAGGAGAAGGAGGAUACUUCGCUACAGAUAAUUUUUAUCGAGCAUCACUAUAG